GAAUUGAUAUGUUUAAUAUAUUGGAGAAGACAAGUAUUUUAUAGCACACGGUUUCAAUCUAAACUACGGGCUCUCUUGGAAUGACCCCCAAACCCAGUACAGAACUUUAGAACAUGCUUCUCCUUUUUUAUUCACAAAAUCAAAUCACCCGUUACUCUCAUUCCAAUAAAGAUAAAACUAAACACCUUACAUCACCUCAAUGUCAUCUUGUGUCUGCAAUUCUAAGCACAAUCCUUUAUGUUAGUUCCUAUCUCAUGUUCUUAAAGGUAAUAUACAUUUCUGGAUAAUUAGUCACACUUAUAGAAAUGAGAGAGAGUGAAGUUGUAGAUUUUCCUUAUCUACAAUAGGUAUUGUAAUAAUAGGCUUUGUUAUAGAUUCUUAAAUAACCUUAAAGGCAUUAUCCAAGGGUAAUUGAAAGGAAGAGUGAUUUAAAUUUAAUGAUGAUAAAUGAUAGUAUUCUAUUCCUAACCGACAAGCAGAACAAAGGAUAACUAUCACCAAAAUAUCUACUCCAAAGCACUUAAGUAAAAGCACCCAACCGACCACACCGCAAAACAAGCCAAGCCUCGAUCUUAGAACCUUCAACUCACUGAAGAUUAAAGAGUUAUAACUCCUCCCUCACUGACCAAAAAACCUAAAGCUUUGUCAUUUAGUGACGUCACAACCUGCAAACAGAUAUAUAAAUGCGCACACGCAAAGGGUUCUUCAGAAACGCCCCAGAAUAAAUCAAAAGCUACUUCUUCUGUUGCAGUGAGAACCGUGGAUGUAGAUGCUUUGCAAGCCAAAUUUAGAGACUCCAACAACAAAAGCUAUGGUCAACACCUACCACACCUCCAAACUCUGUUCAAACCAGUGUGGUUCUAGCCUUGUGCAGACAAUCGACGCACCUUUACCUCUGGUGUGGUCCCUCAUUCGGCGCUUUGAGAACCCACAGGGUUACAAACUCUUCGUCAAGAAGUGCACCAUGGUCGCCGGUGAUGGUGGCAUUGGAAGUGUACGUGAGGUGAUGGUCACGUCCGGGUUACCGGCCGGUGUGAGUGUGGAGAGGUUAGACAAGCUUGAUGAUGAGAAACAUGUGUUAAAGUUUAGCAUAAUUGGCGGCGAUCACAGGCUUGCGAAUUACAGUUCGACGAUAACUUUGCAUGAAGAAGAAGAGAAAUAUGGGAAGACGGUGGCGAUUGAGUCGUACGUGGUGGAUGUUCCGGCGGGAAGUAGUGGUGAAGACACGUGCUGCUUUGCGAAUACCAUCAUAGCUUGCAAUCUUAGGUCCUUGGCUAAGAUCACAGAACAAAUGGUUUGUAAGUGAGUUAAGGUUUUAGCUACCUACUUAGUUAUCUUCAGACCUUUAUUUGUUGUGUUAUUAUGUUGAGUGUUGUUGUUAAUGAUGUAAGUCUGGUUUAUGGAU